AGAAAAAGGCAGAACUCCGUGAUGCGGCUGACGGAGGGGGAGCCGGGGGUCCUCACGGUGGAGGCCGAGGGCGUCCCCAGCGCGCCCUACAAGAUCGUCGGAACAGACUACAAGAACUAUGCUUGCGUUUACUCGUGCAUGUCCUUCAUGGGCUUCCGAGCUGCCUUCUCGUGGAUCUUCACUCGCACUCCCGACCCCGACCACUCCUACCUGGCACUGUGCCGCGACGUGAUGGCAAAGGCAGGCAUUGACCCCACGGCCAUGCAGCCGGUCAAGCAAGGCAAGGACUGCCCCUACAUGGAAAAGCUGGACUCCCUCCUCGCCUACACCGAUAGCGUGGUGAGCAAAGCCGAAGCCAAGGCCAAAGAGGCGAAGAAGGAACAGGAGAGAGCAGCUACGAAGUCUGCCAAGGAGGCCCUGGAAGGCUCACGCGACGAGGAUCUGACGACUCGCAUCCUGGAGGAGGAGGAGCGCCUGGAAGAAGUCGAGAGAAGGAUCGUGGACGCGGAGGAAAAACUGCGUCAGGAAGUCGAAGCGAACGGCAGGAGAGAAGAAAAAGAAAUCAAGGAACUGCGUGAUGAAAUUCGGGAAGAAAAGAGACAUAACCGCCACAAAGGUCACAGAAGAGAAUAUACCCCGGAAAACGGAAGCACCGGUUUGUAUGUAAGUUCCUCAGUCACCGUCUUGUCUCUCCUGCUGGCGAGGAUGCUCUAAGACCCUGUUCGAACCUCCAUCACUUCUACACUCACUUCUACAGGGAAAUUUAAGUAUCCUGUAGAACACUUACACCCUUUCAGUCUUCGUUCAUGUAUGACCUGUGUGUAAGAUAUCUCUCUGGUACUUCUGCAUAGCGGUAUACCAUAGAUUAAAAUUAUAGAGGAGUGUGUGUGUUUGGAUAUUUAUACAUACUGUGUUAUAUAUUGGUUUGAGCGUUCUUCUCUGGAUAAAAUUCAGUGAUGAGAUUGUCCUUGCAUGCUUCUUUGCUUCUUGUGUAUGUUGUUUGUCUGCGUGUAUUUAAAUCCGUUCAGAUAUUCCUAGAGAAGACAAAAUUGAAAGAGCUUUAUAAAUCUGAUUGCGGAUAUGUGGAGAUAGACUCCCGGGAAGCGUGAAUUGUAUAUAUUUUAGUUUUUAUACAUUUUUUGUUUAAUAAAUGAUAUAUGGCGA